AUGGUGUAUUCUCUCAGCGAGAACAGCACGAUGCUCGGUGAUAAACAAUUCGAUUUAGACACGAUUGAUUUCCUGAUCAUAGAUGUAGUAAAAUACGAAGCCGCAGUCAUAAAUAAAGCCGCGGAUAAUCCAAUAGUGGGUAGCAAAGAAUACAAAUAUAAAAAUAUAAAAGCAUCCUUGGUGUCAGGCAAGAACGCUGCACAGGCUUGUGACAAAAUUUGUGCUACUUACGGUGAAGAUACUCUAUCAAAACCAACAGCACGGAAAUGGUUCGCUCGUUUUCGUCCUAGAAAUUUCGAUGUAAAAGAUGAACCUCGCUCCGGUCGACCAAUCACUGAAAAGUCCGAUGAAAUCAUGGAAAAAGUCAAGCGUGAUAAGUAUGUGAGCAUUGUGGAGAUUGCCAGGGAACUAGGCAUCGACCACAAAACAGUUUUAAAUCAUUUACACAAAGAUGGAUACAAAAAGAAGCUCGAUAUUUGGGUUCCUCACGAGUUGAGUGUUAAAAACAUGAUGGACCGAAUUAACAUUUGCGAUACGCCACUGAAACGGAAUGAAAUUGAGCCAUUUCUGAAGAGAAUGAUAAUUGGUGAUGAAAAAUGGAUCGCGUACGAUAAUCGAAUUCUCAAAAGAUCGUGGAUAAUGGAAGAAGAGAAGGCAUAA